AUGGCGAUAACGGAGCCACGCAGAGCAGCUGUGGGUCCCCACGUCUGCUCGGCAGCCACCGCCGCUCACUUCAGCUUCUGCCGCAGCCUCCUGGAGCACACGGUCUCGGCCGAGAACCUCAGCUACCGCCUGCAGAGGAACCCGGGCAGCAGCCUCACCUGGCACGACGGCCGGAGCCAGCGGCCCGACGGCGGCCGGACGGUCAAGCUCCUGCGGCAGCCGGGCACCGAGGGCUCACAGGGCCGUGGCUGUGACCACUAUGGCAUCUACCACACCAGCCCCACGCUGGGCAGCCUGGCCAAGCCCGUGGUGCUCUGGACCCAGCAGGAUGUGUGCAAAUGGCUGAAGAAGCACUGCCCACACAACUAUCUCAUCUACGUCGAGGCGUUCGCCCACCACGCCAUCACAGGUCGGGCGCUGCUGCGGCUGAACGGGGAGAAGCUGCAGCGCAUGGGCAUCGCUCACGAGGCGCAGCGGCAGGAGGUCCUGCAGCAGGUCCUGCAGCUCCAGGUGCGCGAGGAGGUCCGAAACCUGCAGCUGCUCAGCCAAGAUUGUACCAACACUGUGAACCCAGCACCUCUGGGAUGGGCUGUGCACCGCCGAUACGAGACCUGACCCGCACGCUCGGAAUACGAAGAGACAGCUUCCCAGCCACCCCGGGGCUUCUCUCCUUCUUCUUCUUUCUCUUUCUAUUUUUUUAUUUUAUUUUAUGAAUACAUUUCUGUGCAGAGAUGGGAGGUUUCCUCCGGCAGACGUGGCUUUUGGCUGGAGGAAAAUGAACAAAGCGGCCGCUGGGACAGACGAACUUUUGCCCACCUGAACCUGAGGGUUUGGAGGGAAAGAGAUGGGAAGAAGGAGUCGGUGACAGACAGAGCUCAGCUUUGAGGACAAAUGGAGUGUGGUUAUUCCCGGGAAGGCUCAGAGCCACGCACAGGACGGGGGAGCCUUAUGCACAGGGGCGACAUCCCAGCUCCCGGAGGCUCGUCUCCGUACCCCGGAGCUUAUUUAGGAAACUUUAGUUUUCUCUUCAGACUGGGCUGUCUUCCAGCAUCCUAGGACGUAAGGUUGUCAGUAGCAAAUAGGAUGACCCCGCCAGCCAAAAAAAAAAAAAUAAAAUUUAAAAGCGGGGCCAAGUCACCAGCACCCAGCUCCACUCGGUGAGUUAAAAAGGGAGCUGAGUCAUCAGAGCUGGAAAAUCCGGGAGCAAAGGCAGGGUGGAUGAGCCAGGAGGGUGCUGUUGGCUGGAGGAGACUGCACCAGGAGCUCGUCUUUCAUCCAUCCUCGUUUGCUGGCAGACGGGGGAGUUGAC